UAAUAUAGAUACUAUUGCUUAAAUUAAAGUUAAAAAUAAGUUUUACAGAAAUGGCAUUGGUUUUUGAUUCUGAUGAAGAUGGCGGUGUUAAUGAGUUAGUUGGCAAUGAUGAAGAUGAUGAAGUAGAUGAUGAUGACUAUGUUCCCGAAAAAAAAGCUGCUGUUUCUGAUGAUGCCGAUGAUGGUGAAGAAUCAGAUCCUGAUUUUAAUUUAAAAAAGAAAAAAGUAUCUUCAAAAAAAAGAGGCCGCCCUUCGAAGGGCUCUCCUCCUGAAAAAAAACUGAAAUCUGAUACUUCUAGCAAAAAAGGUAAAGGAAGACCUAAAAAGUCACUAUCUAAAGAAUCUGUUCAAAAGAGCCCAGUGCAAAAAGGAAAACCACAAUCUAUAUCAAAAGACAAUCAUAACAUUUUAAGUGAAGAAACAGAAAAAUGUAAAGAGGCAGUUGACUCUAAAAGGAACUCAUUACGAAGAAGCUCUAGGAGCACUCGAGCAUUUGUUUCUUAUGCUGAUGCAGAUUUAUCUGGGGAAGAAGAACAUCUUUCUGAUUAUGAAGAGUUGGAUAAUAAACAAAUAAAAGAUAAAAAAUUAAAAGUUGAUGCUGGAAUAGACAAAAAAAAACAUGCAGAAAACCUAUGGUCAGAUUUUAAAGAGGACGUCAACAAAAAAAGUGGACUCUUGACCAAAAAUAGUUUAACAAAUGACACUUCAAAAAAUGUUUCAGAUGAAAUAAAAAAAGAUAUUCCAAAGCAUAGCAUAAGUACUGCUGAUACAAAAACUGAUUCUAAGCUUGAUGAAAAACUACCUUAUAAUUUGCAAGAGUCUAAUGUUAAAAACUUGGAAGAACCUACAUUAAACUCUGAUUCAGAUAUCUCUAUUAAAAAAAGUGAAUCAGCUGAAUGUCCUGAAAAGACAAUUAAUAGUAAUAAUGAAAUCAAUCAUGAUAGUGAAAAAAAAAUUCUCGAAACAAUUAUAACAGCCAAGGAAGAGUCCCCGAAACCUCAGAAACCUGCUUCGAUAAUGGCUGAAGGAUCAAAAAAGAUGAUUGCUGUCACAGAAACAUAUGAUUUUGCUGGUGAAACUGUCAAGGUCACUAAGCAAGUUCUGGAAAAUGAUGAACUGUCACAGAGUUCAAGUAGCAGUUUUAAUAGCAGUCUUUCAAAUUCGUCAUCAUCAAGUAGCUUGUCAUCAAAUGAUUCAAAACGAGGUGGUGUGGCCAAUGUCCUUGACUCAUUAAAGAAGAAGAAGAUGAGCGUUCUGGAUAAAUCAAAACAUGACUGGGAAAGUUAUAAAGCAGAAACAGACCUUACAGAUGAACUAAAAAAAAAUAAAGGAGUUGGAUUCCUUGAUAAACAAGAUUUUUUGAAUCGUGUUGAUUACCAGCAGUGGGAAAGAGAAAGGGAAAUGCGCCUAUACACAAACCGGAAAUAAACUACCUUUCUCUAUUGGUUUGCGCUAACUUGAUGGUUCUUAAUCAACAUCUGUUUAUUUCGUUUUAGUUUUAUAAAGAUUUUAUUACGUGCAUAUACAGUUACAGAGUUGAGAAACGGCAUUAUUUAUUGGAUAUAAAAAGGUGAAUCAUUUCUUUAGAAAUGCUUUUGAACAUUGAUUUGAAGCUUGUUUUAAAUCGACGAUUUUUGAUUACAUUUAGUUUAUGUAUCAAAUUUCUUUUUCUUAUUGUCAUCAUGUGUCGUUUUUGUGUUUGUGUGUUCGUGUCUUAUCCUUCGUGUGUGUGUGCUUAAUUGCCUUCCGAUGCUUUUGUUUCGCUUUUGUGUGGCUUAGUUUAAAUAGUGUUUCGUCGUAUGACUUACUAUUAAGGCUAAAUUUAAAGGAUGCUUCGUGCGAAGGCUACCUUGGAUUUUUUGUGUGCAACUUGAUUUAUAUCAAAGUUUCUUAGAACAUUUCUAAUCUAAUAACUUUAUUUAAGGGUUAAAAUAUUUCUACCAUUAAAAAAGAGUAUUAUGAAAUUUAUGUUGAAAUAUCUGUUUUUAGUCUGCAUAAUGUUAAUUAGAUAUCACGGAACAAUUAGGAUAUUUAUAAAAGAUUUAUUUCUUA